GGUACAAGGAGCUGUUGCGGGCGGUUCCGCUGUCCGGACUUGUUGCGGUGGCUGUGCGGGUUCUCAUGGCGUGCUCGGGGAGGAUGAUGCCGCUGGUCCGGAGGGCUCUGAGCGCUGGGGUGAAGAGGGUGUGGUUUCGGGGUGUCCAUCAGGGCAGCGUUCUGCUCUCCGUAGCUCCGCCCCAAAAACCCAUCACCACCACAAGUUACGUCCAUGGGAACACCGAUGUGCCGCUAACCAACAAGACCAUGCAGCAGUGUCUGUGGGACACAACGCAGCGGUUCCCGGAUCAGGAGUCCGUUGUGGAUAUCUACGGCGCCAAGAGGAAGACCUUCAGCCAGCUGUGCAAAGAUGUUGAGACUCUCGCUGCGGGGCUGCUGGCGCUGGGCCUGAAGAAGGGAGACCGCCUCGGAAUGUGGGGACCCAAUAGCUACGAAUGGAUUGUUACACAGUUUGCUACGGCUCAAGCUGGCAUCAUCCUGGUGUCUGUGAAUCCAGCGUAUCAAGCACGGGAGUUGGAGUAUGUCCUUAGGAAGGUCGGGUGCUUGGCCCUGAUCUUCCCCGAACAGUUUAAAACGCAGAGAUAUUACGAACUUCUGAGGAGUAUCUGUCCGGAGAUUGACAGUUCACCAGCAGGGGGCAUCAAGAGCAAGGCACUUCCGGAUCUGCGCAUUGCGAUAGUCUUGGACCAGAAGUAUCCGGGAACUCUACACUUUGAUGAAGUGAUGAACGCCGGCACCACUCAGCAUGUGAAGCAGCUGCAGGAUUUACAGAAGACCGUGUCCUGCGAUGACCCCAUCAACAUCCAGUUUACGUCUGGAACCACUGGAUAUCCCAAAGGAGCCACUCUGAGCCAUCACAACAUCGUGAACAAUGCCCAGUAUGUGGGGUUACGGCUCGGCUACGACUGGAAAGCGUCGGUACGCGUCGCUCUUCCUGUGCCGCUCUACCACUGCAUGGGCUCUGUGCUUGGCAGCCUCAUAUCGAUAUCGUAUGGCCCGACUUUGGUCUUACCGUCUCCAAGCUUUCAACCCCGAGCUGUGUUGGAGGCAGUUUCGAAGGAGAAAUGUUCAAGUAUUUAUGGCACCCCAACCAUGUAUAUUGAUAUGAUGGGAGAACCAGACUUUGCAGCUCUUUCUUCUACUCUCACCACUGGAUUUAUUGCUGGAUCCAUUGUACCACCUGAGAUCUUGAAGAAACUUCUCACUGAGACAUCAAUGAGAAAUAUUAUGGUUGGCUAUGGCACAACAGAAAACAGCCCGGUCACUUUCAUGGGGUUCCAGUAUGAUGAUAUUUUCCGGAAAAUGGACACUGUAGGUUAUGUCAUGUCCCAUACAGAGGCAAAGGUAGUAGACACCAACACAGGCCAAAUAGUUCCACUUCAAACUUCAGGUGAGCUGUGGAUUCGAGGCUUUGGGGUCAUGCUGGGCUACUGGGCUGACAAAGAGAAGACAGAUGAGACCAUUACCCCCGAAAAGUGGUACAAGACUGGAGACAUAGCCACCCUGGACGAAUUUGGAUACUGCCGAAUCGUUGGCCGCUGUAAAGACAUGAUCAUCCGAGGAGGUGAAAACAUAUAUCCAGCUGAAAUCGAGCAGUUCCUGCACACGCACCCCAAAGUCAUGGAAGCCCAGAUCGUCGGAGUCAAAGAUGCGCGCAUGGGGGAGGAGAUCUGUGCUUGUAUCCGAGUUUAUAGCGACAAGGAGUGCACAGCAGAAGAAAUCAAGGAAUACUGCAAGGGAAAGAUUUCCCAUUUUAAGAUCCCUCGUUACAUAGUCUUUGUGAAUGAGUACCCUCUUACAAUUUCUGGAAAGGUCCAAAAGUUCAAACUGAAAGAUUUGAUGGAGAAGCAGCUGAAGUUAUGAGGAGACCUUUAUGUUUUUUUGUCCUAACC